AUGGAAAGAAAAAUAAUCACGAACAGUCAAAAUAUACUAGACUUGGAAGAAACAGUAAAGGUUGGUAUACAAACAAAUUUGAGUGUAAUGGAGGAAGAAAACCUCAAACUAGAGAGGAAAAUAAUAAACCAAAAAGAAGAACACACAAGAUUAUUAAAAGAAGAAAGACUGAAAAUGGAAGAAGAAAUUAGAAAAAUAAAAAUAGGAACAGCAAGUACAAAUUACAUCCAACUAUGCUAUGGACAAAACAAUAUAAAAUUCGAAGGGGACAUCAAGAAACUACAUCCAAAGGUAUUCGUAAAUAUUAUUAGGAAUAGGGUUACAAAAACUAAUGAAGUUGAAAAACUACGAGAAAUACUUCGAGAAUAUCUUACGGGACACGCAUUGAUAUGGUUCUCCAGUAAGGAACCUGAAAUUAACACUUUUGAAGACUUUGAAAAACAAAUUUUAGCAUUAUAUUGGGGAACAGUUACACAAUCAUUGGUAAGAGAAAGGUUACAAUUUGGGAAAUAUGACGAAAACAGGAACACAAAUCGUAAUACUUAUAUUAUGCAGAUAUAUUCACAGGUACAAUAUCUUGAGCCGAAAAUUCCAGAGGAACAAGCGGUUAUAUUACUGUACCGUCAUUUUAAGUCACAGGUCACAGAAACAGUUGCAAUCCAAAAUAUGAAGAUUAUGGAGCAAUUUAACAAUUAUUUGAUGCUGAUUGAAAGGAGCACAAACCCUCAGAGGUACAGACAAAAUAAAAAUUUCCAAACUAUGCAAAAUACCAAUCAUACAUAUAAUAGAAACCAUAAUACACGCAGAUAUAACAACAAUAAUUAUAUGGGUAGGUACAAAAAUAAUCAGAACUAUAGUCAAAAUGGGUAUAACAACAACACUAAUCAAAAUGCCUAUGGAAGAAGCCAAACGGAAUAUAACCAAUAUCGACAAAACAUGGACAGAGACCAGACAUAUAUGGGGGAGCGAAAUUUUACUAACAGGGAUACUAGAAGGGUGAAUUUUCAAAGAGUAGAAAGAUCAAGAAGCAGAAUCAAUGAGAGAAGACAAAGUAUUAGGAUAAACGGAGAAGAUAACCAAAAUAAUGAGCAACAAAACGCUAAUAGCAGAAACAAUCCACCAAACCCUGACAAUGAGAUUAAUGAACAAAAUGACCAAAUUUCCCAUUUUUUAUAA